AUGAAUCUGCUGCGGUUCAGAGCAGAGGCAGGUGUGCAGGUCGCAGGAUGUGUGUGAACAUUUUGUAAAUGUGUGAAGUUAAAGCGGAAAAACAAAACGCCUCUUUUAUACGUGACCUAGAUGUGUUAACUAUAGUUGUGUCACCAUUGUGCCACUUGCAUCACCCCGUCAGCACACAUGUAUGCACGUGUGUGUUUGUUUGAGUGACCCAGGAAGCUUUGCUGUCUCUCUCACUCUUCCUGCAGCUGGUAUCUGUCACUUCCUGCUGCGGUCCUCUGCCGGCGAUGUCCACUCUGACUGCAGCCGCUCCGCCGAGUCCCCAUCCUGGUUUUCCUGGUACUUCCAUCAUCAAGCUGGAGAGAGAGACGGCAACGGUUGUGUCAUCUCAGUGUAAGUGUGUGAGUGUAUUUUGUUAUUUCAUUCAUUCUUGUUACUUUCGGCCUGACUGUCUGUCCUCUUGUUGGAAGAAUGCUGCUGUAGAGUUUAUACACCGCAACCAUCAGUUUGCUCGCAUGUCUACUUGGUACAGGCUGCAUAAGAGUCAGAGAUAUAAGUGUUAAAGAGAUAAGAUAGGCAAAGUCAGACAGCUGGGAUGUGUGCCUGCUUUACCUCUAAAACAUUGACUCAGACAUAAAGGUUCUCUCUAAGUAAUCCAGAAAAAAUAAUCCCCUAAUUGACAAUGCUCUCGGUUUGCUUUUUCGUAUUUUCAACAGUGCACAACAGUCUCGUUUCACUUAGAGGGACAACAAUGUCUGAUCCAGAUAUGGUUCCCAGUUCAUAAGGUCAACUCCACUGAAAACAGACAAAAACAAAGAUCCAUAUUUCAAAAGGAGAAUUGCGAAUGUUUUUUACACACAAUGCUUCCUCCUUCUUUUCAAGCUCGUUGAGUUUCUUUUUCUCUUUCUGGGAAACAGGGAGAGGAGAGAGGAAUGAGGAAGUUCACAGGAGGGACUGCAUCUCCUAUUUUGCAUGCUUUUGUUUCCAUUAAGAUAAGACUAUUUCAGGUUUUUGGAUACAUGAACUGUAAAAGACACAGAAAAGCAAAGAGGAGAAUGACCGACAAUUUAAAUGAACUCAUCAAAUACUCCUGAAACAGAGUCAGACUCUUAUCUUUGACACUGAUCCAUUACAAACCCUGUUAAUGAGUUCAUUGGCGCAAUUAUUGUUUUUUUAACAAGUCUGGUGGUCUGAAAGCACUCCAAGGAACCUCUUUUUGGGGGGCUGUCCGGUCCGUCUGGUCUGUCCAGCCUGUCAGGGGGAAUUUGUAAAAUCCUUCAAAUGUCCAGGGUUUUGUACAGAAGUUUUGAGUUUGUGUAGCGUAGCAUAACUGAGUCAGAAUCGUGUAAAAAACACUCCACCCGAAAAACCCUCAAAAUUUGGCGUGCAACUCCGCCCCAUGUAGUAGUGUCCUCUUUUUUGGGAUUCAGAAUAUGGUCACUCUAGAGAUAUCCUCACUGUUAACUAUGGAAAAGUACGAUGGCAUCUUUAGUUCAGUGUGGAUGUGACAGUAAACAGCUGUGAGGAUUAUAUAUGGCAGAAAAGCUUUAAGGAUAACCUUAUAAAACAUGUUACCAACAUCCAACUCCAAUCCAACCCAACUUUCUUUUUUGAGCACUUAAAAACAUCCGCAGAGGACCAAAGUGCUGUGCAGGGUAAUAAAUAAAAGUAUUAGAAAUAAAGACACAACACAAAUAAAGCAAAAAAGGACAUAUAAAAACAGAUAUAAUCAUCUGAAAGGCAUAUAACAUGGUUAUAAUGAUAGCUGUGCAAUAAAAGAAAUAAUAAAAUAAGAUAAAAAUCAAAUAGAAUCAAAUCAAGCCAACAUCUUAAGAAGGAACAAAGGCCAAGGAGAAAAGGUAGGUUUUAAGAAGAGACUUAAAAACCGGCAGAGAAGAGGCCAAUCUAUAGUUUUUCGGGAGAUCGCUCCAUAGUUUUGGAGCUGCAACAGCAAAUCCAUGGUCCCCCCUGAGCUUCAGCCUAGUUUUUGGCACGGUCAGGAACAGCUGAACAGCUGACCUGAGAGUGCAGGUGGGUGUAUACAGGUAAAGAAGCUCAGAAAGGUAGGACCAUUCAAAGAUUUAAAAACAAAUAAAAUCAUUUUAAAAUGAAUCCUAGAACGUAUGGGCAGCCACUAAAAUGAGUCUAAAAUGGGGGAAAUGUGGUUGUGUCUACGUGUGCCGGUUAAAAGAUGUGCAUCUGCAUUUGAACCAUCUGGAGGCGGGUGAUGGAUGACGACCUAACCCCUACAUACAGUGCGUUAAAGUAAUCCAGCCGUGUAGUAACAAAUGCAUGAAUUACUGUCUCAAAGUGCUGUUGUGUAGAGACUGGCUUUAUUUUGGCCAGUUGUCUAAUUGAAAGAAACAUAAGUUCUUUCAAUUACAUUCACCUAUAUUCCUACCCCUGUUGCUUGUUCUUCCUUGAUCUCAGCAUAAACCUAAGAAUAAACACCUUAUUUAUUAUGCUGUUUGCAUCCCACAAUAACCUGUAAUAACAUAGUGCGUAGUUGGAGUUAUUUACAGUUAUGUUCAUACACAGAAUGUACAGUAAUGACAUCAAACAUGUCAUUAAGUGACUAUUGAUGAUUAAAAUAGUGCGAUUUGUUUGGUGGACACAGAGUGGCGAGCCCUUUUAAAGAGUGCAAACCUGAAAAGGUAAGCGAGGUCAAACUUUUCCUUCAGAUUUUUUUUUAGUCUUUGCACAAACACCAUAAAUAAGACACACUCCACACUGUUUAUUGUCUGAGAGGAGACUUUUUAAUUUGUAUUGUUUCUAUUUUUUUUUCUAAGAUUUAAUUUUGGGCAUUUAGCGAUUGAUGUAGGACAGUGGAUGGAGCUGGAAACAGGGAAUUGAGAUGGGAAUGACAUGCAGGGAAGAGGCCAAAGGGUGAAAUCAAACUAAGGCUGCCUGCCUAUCAGUGGCGAUUGCUCUAAGACUGCAAGGGAAGCUCGGCUUCCCUUAAAAUGUCACCCCCCCAAAAAAAGAAAAAGUAGUGAAAUACGUACUGCUGUGUGUACAUUUCAUGAACUAAAUACGCGCUGGAAAGCCUUCAUCUUUUGUUCAGACACUGUGAUAAGAAGCUGAUAAUCACAGGUAACCGGCAUAACUUCGUUCUCAUUCAUCCUCGCAGCGCCUCAGCGCUUUAAACAGCCAGACGCUGGGCUUCUGCUGACUUCAAUGUGGAAGCUCAAAGUGGGUUGUUCCAGCAGCGAAACUAGACGCUCAUUGGAUAAAUGCUGGGCUUUGUCCCGCCCAUCGGAAGCUCAGCUUCACUGGAGUUCUAUGACGAGAGGGCGGUCCCGACUUUCUCCCGGACUCCGAGCUUCUGCAUCCAUGAUUGGAUGAGCUGUCUGAGGCGAAAUCCUUUUUUGAUUGACAGCUAAACAAGCGAAUCAGCGAUCUUGAAGAAUAAAACAUCUACCAGAGCAUUUUCCAAGUGAUUCAUUCCGUUGUUCUUAACUGCUCCGGAGACCUUACCGAUCCUCAGCGACUUUUGUCUUUGUUAAAAAUGACUGCCGUCAUGUUUGGUGACUCUGUUCUGUUACAUACUAAUAAACAAAUACAAUUAUGAUGUAGGCCAGAAAAAUGAGCUUCCCCUCCUUGAAAGACCAGCAGCCGCCACUGCUGCCUAUGUGGUGUGCCUUUGCACCCUGUAGAGACACAUUUACUAUACCUUUUCUGUCCUUUACCAAGCUGGCUGCUCCCUAAACAUUAGGGUGACUAAUACCAGUGUGAAAUUUUUUUAGCUGUGUUUUAGUAUUUUACUCAGAGGACGGCUAUCCAAGAAGGAAGCACCCACUUCUAUAGUGUCAGUGCGUCCAUCCAUACCUCACUGUGCUCAACUACCAUGUUGUUAUCUGGCAGUGUGGCGAUAACAACAUGGUAUUAGGGAGCUACACGGUUGCUUAGAAACUACACAUUGUUGAAUGCAGUAGAAAUCAUUACACAGGCAAAGUUUUUAAACUUUUCUCAGCCUGAAAGCCCGCAAACAACUGAGUGUAUCUUAUAUUUUUAGUGAGACUGGAUUUAUGUUAUUAAGUUAUGGUCAAAGACACAGUUAGACACCCCUCAAGAGAUGCUUUCUUAAGCGAAGUGACCAAAUACAACUCACCCUCUCUCCUUCAGCAGCCGCUUGUUUGUGGGGGAGCCCUGACGAGUUGAUAACUGAGUGCAGUGGAUCAUUUCCUGAAGUAAAAAUCAUCAUAAUAAUCAUUUUGCAGACAUGAUAGUUCUUCUGCCUUAGUGUCUCAGUCUGAUUGCAUUUCCAUGAAGUAAUGAUCAUAAAUUUUCUUCCUUGAGCUGCGAAACUCCACUGCACUCGGUGAUCGACUCAUCAGGGCUGUGUAUUGCUAUCGUAUGGUCGUUGCUGAAGUUGGUAUAACUACAGCAGUCUGCAACAUUCAUCAAGGGGGUGUCUAACUCAGUGUUACAGUGUGUUUGACCAUAACUUGGAUUUAUACACAUACAUACAUAUACGUAACUAUAAAUAUAACUUAACUCUAUACACAUAUAUCUUUUUUGAAUAACAAACAAUACUUUUCUUAAAAUGAGUCCCAUCAUAAAUUAAUAAUAAUGAUUAUAAUAAUAAUAACAAUAAUAAUGAUACCCUUAAUAUAACAGUUACAGAAAUUCACAGGUCUUAUUUUGUCUUUUUUUCAGUUUUAAUAUUACCUUAAAUUUUUUAUUUGAAUUAAAAGAAAAGCAGGAGUGACUUGCAGAAGGAGAAAUGAAAGAAACAGAAAUAAUGACUAAAAGACACAAAAUAAAAAAGGGGAGUGAUGCAAGAAAAGAAAUAUAGUCAGAAUGAAAAAGAGCACUCAGGGUGUAGUAUUAAAUCCAAUCUUCAGGAUCCGGCUGAGCAAGAUCAGGCGAGAGUUUCCUAACACCUACAGCGAGUCUGGACACGACGCCGAUCGUGACUCCGAGCCCCGGGAUGGGAUCCUGGAACAGGGAGUGAGACCAGACCCAGAAAAACGGGAUUCCACUCUCACCGCCUGCUCACAGAACAACAUACCACUCCAAGAGUUUCCCACGAGAAAAACCUCGGGCGUUUUUCGGUCCAGGUAG